AUGGUCGAUGUGUGGCCUUCGAAAAUCAGCUCGGUCUCCUUGCUGGUUCUAAGUGUGUACAGGAAUGGAGCUGAUGCUAUUCCUUGGCGCAGUGCUACGUUCACGAGUGAUUCUUAUGUCGAGAGUAUGCCGGAGCUGGUUGAGAAGGGCCUGUUGGAUCUACCUUUGGAGAGAGUUAUUGGAGUUAUAAGUGACGAUAGGCAGGUUUGCAGGGAUGCGAGAAGACAAGCAAUGGAGAGAGUCAAGGAGCUGAGAGCUCAGAGCAGUUCGCCUUCGAUGGAGGAUGCCCGCUUCAACCACGUGUACGAGACGCACGACUUCCGAUUCCAUAUCUCGGAACUCUUGAUUGAGCUCACCGAGACACUGGAGAAGGCAGAUGGGUCUGGAUCAAGGUCUGGUCACUUCUGCGAAUUGAGACGAGAGUUCGAUAGGUUGGCGACCUUGAUACAAGAUUUGAACAAACAAAAAAUCGACGUACCUGUGCAAUACUUAUCGGUUGCAGAAAAAUUAUCAGAGCCUGCGACGGUACAGAUUUCUCGUCAACUCCGUUUCCUGGCUUUGAACUGGCCGGGAAUCGCCAAAUUCUUGAAGGAGACGAAGCUGUAUGCAUCAGAGAGGCUCACUCCAUCAUUGAGGCUCUCUAUCAAGCAAACUCUGAAGUUCUUUCGGGAUCCUGAGGCCAAACAACAAGUUCAGAAGGCAGCCAUCAACCUGGCUCCGUUACAGAGCCUGAUUGACACCCACAUCCCGAACAGUUCUGCUAUGGAAGCUGCCGCUGCGAUCAGUGGGGUGUAUGACAAUUUAAUGGGGAAGGAGUUGCUGCACGCAGAAGCUUCGCUGGCAGAUAUCUCAGACAGAUUCCGUCAGUGUAUCGGAACCUACGAGCUCGCUGCCAUGUUCGUGCCCGUAAAGAGACCAAGUGAUUUGGACUCGCAAAAUUGCGCUAUAAAGAAAGCAUUGAACAUCAUCGGGAGAUCGGGUUCCUUCGGAUUCACGAGCUCGGAAGUGUCGAGUACAAUAAUCCAUUACUUCAGGCACACAGGUCCUUUCGCGACCGUACCGACUCGUUGUAUCUCCGCCGAUAACUACUGGAGUUUGUUCAUCAACGACGGCGAAGUUAGCGGUGACUUCUCAGAUGGAGCUAAGAGCUUGUGCCAUUAUCUCUACGCUGCUGCAACUAUCCCUGCUUCGAUGCACCCGACUGAUGCAACACUCGGAGCCGAUAAGCGCAAUUGGAUGUAA